UACAAACUCUGGCCGCUGUAGCAGCUUCUUUGACGAGUUCAGCAUGUUUGAAAAGUCCCUGACUGACCUCAUUCGAGGUAUCAGAGCAAACAAGAAGAACGAACAGAAAUAUAUCAGCGCAUGCUUGCAAGAGAUUCGCAACGAGGUCAAAGCCAACGACAUUGAUGUGAAGGCCAACGCCAUUGCCAAGUUGACCUACCUUCAAAUGUUUGGAUACGACAUGUCAUGGGCAUCCUUCCAUGUCGUUGAAGUCAUGUCUUCUCCAAAGUUCCUGCAUAAGCGAACAGGAUACCUUGCCGCCGCUCAAUCAUUCCAACAAGACACCGAUGUUCUUAUGCUAUGCACCAACUUGACCAAAAAGGACAUUGCAUCGCCCAUUGCGCUAGAUGUCAGCGUGACAAUUAACGGAUUGUCGCACUUCCUUACUCCUGAUCUUGCGCAAGUGCUGUGUCAGGAUUUGGUUUCCAUGUUGAAUCACUCUAAACCCUACAUUCGAAAGAAGGUGGUCUUGGUGCUUUACAAGGUGUUUUUGAAGUUCCCGGACGGUUUGAGAUUAAGUUUCCCGCGCCUGAAGGACAAGCUGGAAGAUCCAGAUCCAUCUGUUGUUUCCGCUGCUGUUAAUGUCAUUUGCGAAUUGGCGCGAAAGAACCCUAAGAACUACCUUUCAUUAGCUCCCCAAUUGUACAAGUUGUUGACUACAUCUUCCAACAACUGGAUGCUUAUCAAAAUCAUAAAGCUGUUUGGUGCUUUAACACCAUUGGAACCAAGACUCGUCAAGAAGUUGUUGCCAUCUAUCACAUCGCUCAUUCAAACCACACCCGCCAUGUCUCUUCUUUAUGAAUGUAUAUAUACUGUUAUCAUUGGUGGGUUCUUUGAGCACGCCGGAGAUGCCGCCAACUCACUUGCCGCCACAUGUGCCAACAAACUUCGUACUUUCUUGGAAGACCCCGAUCAGAACUUAAAAUACAUCGGUCUCUUGGCGAUGGGACGAUUGUUGGAAACCCAUCCUAGACUCGUGGCUGAACACCGAGACUUGAUUAUGGAGUGCAUUGACGAUGCUGAUUUGAGCAUUCGCUUGAGAGCACUCGAUAUUGUUGUUGGCAUGGUCAACCGCAAGAAUCUGGUUGAUAUUGUCAAGCGCUUGGUGGCACAUCUUGUUCCAGCCAACGAUGCAGAUGGUGAUCCGUCUUCAUCUUUCCCUCCCCCAUCCGCAGUGGUCGACCCACAAUAUCGAGCUGAUAUCAUCCAUCGUAUCAUCUUCAUUUGCAGUCAAAACUCGUACCACAAUGUGACCAAUUUUGAAUGGUACAUCACCAUAUUAGUUGGCCUCACCUAUGUCCCUGAUGUCAGCGUUGGGGAUCUCCUGACCAGCCAAAUUAUGGAUGUAGGCGUUCGAGUAAAGAGCGCUCGCGAAUUCAGUGUCAAACAAAUGUUCCGAAUUUUAUCCGACAAACAUUUUUAUGAAAAUGUGAAUCUUCGCAACUCUAACAUUGACGUGUUAUAUGCCGCAGCUUGGAUUUGUGGAGAGUAUUCAAGAUUUUUGGAAGAUAUACCAGCUACCCUUGAAUGCAUGCUCAACCCAGCUGUCAUUAAGCUGCCAGCCUCGACACAAGCUGUUUUUGUCCAGAAUAUCAUCAAAAUAUAUUCCUACUGGAUCCAAAGUUUGGCGGAAGAUUGGAACUUCGAGGUUCAGUCUGAGUUUGUCAAGAUAACCGAGAUCAUUCAAGAGAAAAUUUUGAUGUUCUGUCGCAGCGCCGACCUUGAAGUCCAAGAGAGGGCAAUGAACGUGCGCGAAAUCUUCGCCUUGAUUUUGGAAAGAGUACCAAACGAGCCUGCAGCUAACGGCAUGCACUCUGUCCUUGCCGAGAUGCCAAAUCUUUUCUGCGCCUAUGAAUUGAACCCUGUCGCUCCAAAGGCGCAAAAGAAAGUGCCUAUCCCUGAAGGACUGGAUCUCGAUCGAUGGAUCAACGAGCCGCUUCCAGAGCUAACGGAUGACAGUGAUUUGGAAGAUCGAUCAUUAAGCACGCCAAGCAUUGAGUAUGAAUCCAGCGAGAAGGCAACUAAGCGACGGAAAAAGGGAAGAAAAGUCGAGGUUGACAGUAGUGAUGACGAAGAUGAGAAAGUCAGACGGCGGAAUGCCAGGAUGGAGGCUCGCAAAGGGGAUCCAUUUUAUAUCAUGUCUGACACCAAAGCCAAAUCACCAGCCAAUCGACUGGAUAACGAUAUAGAUGAUGUGGAUUCCAUACCGAUCGUGAAACUAACCAUGGAUGACUUUGACCCAGUCGGUAAGAAGGGACAAAAGAAGACAAAGAAAUCCAAGAGCAAAUCCCGACGAGCUGCUAGUCCGCCACCACCACCGCCAGUUUAUGCUGAAGAAGAUGCGCCAGAAAACGCUGCACCAGACUCUGCUGACGAAGAAGAAACAAAGAAGGGAGCCAAAUUGGGCAAAAAGUUUACGGCUUAUCGAGGGAAUGCUUCAUCCAACGUCUUUAGCUCAGAAGACGUUAGCUUGAACUCUGUAGAUCUCUCACAACCUGUCGGUGAAGAUGAAAAGCUGCCCCAGCUUCAAGCUUACAUGAGUCCUGAAGAGGUACAGCGACGAGAGCAGAUGAGAUUUAAAGCUGAGAGGAAGGCUGCUCUUGAGAGCAAAGCAUCGGAAAAGAAAUUAAAAAGCGCUGAAAAAGCACACAAGUCAUCGAAGAAGAGUACUAGCAAGUCUGAAAAGGUUGAAUCUGGUAAGAAGAAGAAGAAGUCUUCUAGCAAAAAGAAAUCUGCUGUUGAAGAUGAACUCAGCAUACCUUCACCACAUGAUGAUGGCAUCUCUGCUGUUUCCGUUGACGUUGAACAACCAUGGGGCCCAAGCUUAGAAGCUGCGUUCAACAAUGACGAUCUUGAAAUUAUGUAUGGUAUUAAACUUCUCACUCAACAAGAAGGCGACACACCUUGCAUUGAAGUCAAAUAUGUCAUCACCAACAAGUCGUCGACUUCUACUUUGGAAAACAUUCAGUUGACACCAACAGAGUCAGUUGACUUUGAGCGUGUUGACAGCGACAAUGUUACCAGCAGCUUGACACCACACGCGACGGCUGAAACAAGCUACCGAUUCAAUGUGAAAGCGGCACCCCAACAGUCUUUGGCCAUGAGUUUCCAGCUUCAAUACGAUGCAGAAUCAAGCCAAGCAGAAACGUUCAGCAUAGAAGUCACAGUUGCGACGUUCAUGCUUGAAAAUGCACAAUUAGAUCCAUCUGGAUUUGCCGACAUGCUAGCCAGUAGAGGUCAUGAAUUUGGCCACCGAAGCUCAGCAACAGUGAUACUUCCUAUACCCAAUGACAAGCCCGUUGAAGAAGUAUUAAUGCAAGGACUAGAAAUGAUAUCUCGAACCACCCGGUUACAUGUGGUGGAGAUGGUGCCAGGAGCGGCCUCCUUGUACGGUAAAAGUGUUCAAGGAAUUGAAGUUGCAGGUCUGCUCAAGUACUCUAUUACUGGUGAAGAAGAGGACCAAAGUGCAGCGAUGCGACUGGAGAUAAAAUGUACUGAUGGCGAUUUUGCCGAUGCCUUGGCUGCCAAAGUCUCCAACAUGUCUUAGAUAAUUGCCCUACAUUUCUUUAUAAUAAACUCGAAUACCAUAUGUCCUGCAUGAA